GGCAUUAAUGAAUCCACCGGUUGAGGAUGAAGAGAAGAUUUUGAUCUCUUCAGGUAUGGAUUUCGGUUUGACCCGAAAGUCUCCCUUCCAGACCCUCCUCUUUCUUCGUCCCUGUUCAGCGAGAACGAAGAUUGUUGCGAGACCCAUGUCACAUCGCCUAUGUCACCUUCGAUCGCUUCAAUGGCUUCCUCGGCGUCCCCUUUGAGUUCGAAGUUGAGAUCCCCUGUCGAGUCCCCAGCGCCAGGCUCUCUCUCUCUCUCUCUCUCUCUCUCUCUCUCUCUCUCUUUCUCUAAUGGGUACGCUUAAAAUUCCAAGAUUGGACGUGGGCAUCUCCCAAAAAUGCGAAAACUGAAGCCUUUGAGGUUCUCGCCCCUAAUCUCUCUCUUGUUUGGGAACUCUUGGAACCCAAAGAUUUGUUCUGGGCAUCUCUUCUCAUCGGCCAUUCCCCAAAGACCUUACGCAGCUAGCCUUUUUGUAGCUCAAAGGCUGAAGAUAAGAAGGUUCCCUCAAACAAUAUUUUGUUGGGUUAGAUAAAUUUUGAUGGUUGUAGCUGGAGGAGUAUGGUGGCUUUCAAUUUUUCUUAGCUGACAGUGUAGAGUGGAUAGAGAUUUAGCUCAAGGUGAACACUUGUGUUUGUCACUGUCAUAUACUUCAGCUCAAAAUCCUUAUGAAGAAACUCACGAAGGAUAAAUGGAUCAAUGUUCCUUUCCAAAUCUGGUAGCUUGAUGUCUGAUCUGGGUCUUCAAAACCUAGGUUUCUGUCUGAAGGUAUGCUUAAAAAGAUCCCUCUCCGCCAUCUCCUUCUUCUUUCUUCCUCCUCUCUCUUCGUCUCCGUUCACCGCUGCAAUGCUCUCUCUCUCUCAGGAAUGAGAUGAACAGAGACGAAGAGAGGGGGCGGUUUGAAAGGAGCGUUUCGGGUUAAAACCUAAAUCCAUACCUGAAGAGACCCAAAUCUUCUCUGCAUCCUCAGCCAUUGGAUUCGCGAAGCCACGUGUCAACAUCAGAAGGCCUCUCCGUUCUCCGCCAGCCUCCGCCAGAUCUCUUCUCCAGACGAUUUUUCCCGUUUCUUCUCCGUCUCAGAAUUCCAAAACAGGGACUUACGGCUUACCCUUCUUGUCCAAGUCGGAACCCUGGCGGCCUAUCCCCUUGCCCGUUCUUCUCUGUCUCCGUUUUCGGCCGCCGCCGACUGAGGGCGAUAGUCCUAACAAUCAAUACCCCUGCUCUCUUCCUCUUCUCGGUUUCUAUUCCCAUCGGUUGCUGAAAACUCCAUAGAAGGCGAUUUCACCGGCGAUAAGGCGACUUAACGCUCCAAUUAUCUGGCGAGCCACCAUCUGAAGCUAUUGAAUUGAGACCCUACCCCGGUGCCCCUUCUUAUUCUCCGUUUAUGUUUGUCCAGUGAAUGCGUCUCUUUCUCUGUCUAAAAAUCCCUCCUCUUUCCCUGUCCCUAUGCAUUCUCUAAGUCAGGCCUUCCUCACCUCAGCUGGUUAUCUCUCUAUCUCGCUAUCUUUCCUCAUACUCUUGGGAGGCACACUAAGUUUUCCCAUAUUUUUAUAAAACGAGGUUGUGUAAUCAAUGGUGUUGGUCAGCAAUAUGGCUAAAGUAAGUGCAUUUUAUGACUUCUAGUAUGUUAUUCUGUCAUGGUUUUCAGGGAUGAGGGGUCAAAGAAGCCUUGAAGUAUUGAAGAUGGGAACCAUGAACUAUGUAGAAGCACUUAAGCUCCAAGAGAAGUUCGUCUCUGAUAGAAAGCUUGGUAAGAUUACCGACACCCUUCUGUCCCUACAACAUCCACCUACGUAUACACUUGGGAAGCGUCGAACCUAUCAUAACUUACUAGUUCCUGAAGCCGAACUUCAGUCUAUGGGAGCAGAGCUUCAGUAUACAGAGAGAGGAGGAGACGUCACAUUUCACGGUCCACAUCAGGCCAUCUUAUAUCCCAUUAUCAAUCUUCGGGAUAUUGGAUUAGGUCCUCGGAAAUAUGUAGAGAAUCUCGAGUUGUCGAUGAUUGAAUUGGCAUCUUUAUAUGGCAUCCAAGCUCAUGUUGGGAAUAAGGGUGAGACAGGAGUGUGGGUCGGAGACCGGAAGAUUGGUGCAAUUGGGGUUAAAAUCUCGUCGGGGUUCACUUCCCAUGGGUUGGCAUUUAAUAUUGAUCCAGAUCUGAACUACUUUAAGCACAUUGUGCCUUGUGGGAUUGUUGGUAAAGGAGUUACAUCUUUGAAAAGGGAGACAAACAUGGUGCUUCCAAGUGAAGAAGUUAUUCAUGAACAGUUGAUUUCUUGCUUUGCUAGAGUAUUUGGCUAUGAAAAUCUCGUAUACAAAGAUACAAAUCAAUAAUGCCCAUUGUGACCUGGUGGUUGUGGGUUCAAGUCAGGAAACAGCCUCUCCACGAAGCGGGGGUAAGGCUGCAUACAUUAUGACCACCCCACCCAAAAGACCUCAUAGUGGCUGGAGCAUAGUGCACUGGGUACGCCCUUUUUAUUUCAAUGAUACCCAUGGCAUAAAAAAAUCAAGUGAUUUGUUCCACAGGUUUGGUGGUAUUCAUUAGUUUGUUGAUAAAAAUACUGUUUAACCAUUGGAUUGGAAUCAAAAUUUGUUUUGUAUGGA